AUGCCGCCCACUCCGCCUUCAACGACUUCGUCAAGCGCAGGACAGUCGCCGCCAGAUCCGCAAUUUAGAGUUGUACGUAAACGGAAUCGAGUUCCCUUAUCAUGUGGAGCAUGCAGGCAUCGAAAGCUGAAAUGCAAUCGAGGUCAUCCCUGCGACAAUUGCACCAAACGCGGAGAUACGGCAUCAUGUACGUACGCUGCUCCAGGCAACCGCAAGAAGAGCUCAGCCAGCACCGGCUCCGCCACGACGCCCGAUGAUAUGCAGAAUCGCAUUGACCGUCUCGAGGGGCUGGUUCUCUCGCUGAUGACCAAUGGCGCGCAGAGCGCAGGGCCUGCCGCUGCUCAAGCAGCUAUCGCGAACAGCAUGGCCAAUGCUGGCCCGGACCAGCAAUUCGAUCCAAGCCAAAUGAUCACGAGCAUGAGCACCGGCGCUCCCGAGUCGAUACCCGAGGAGGACGUGAACGAUGAAAGCGAGAUGGAGACCGUUACAAAGUCUAUUGGAGUAAUGAAGGUGCACAACAACCACACCAUAUUCGCAUCGGAAGCACACUGGUACGCAAUCUUGGGCGAAUUGUCGGAAGUCAAGAACUACUUCGCCGAGCACAAGAAACAGUACGAGGAUCAGCUCAAGCGAUUCAAGGCAACUCACGUCGAAGAUCGACCGCCGGGUACAUCUUUCCUGAUGGGCGGACAGAAACCAACCUCGAAAGCCGAGGUUCUAUCGCGCUUUCCACCAAAGCCCACAGCCGAUCUCCUUGUCUCGCGCUUUUUCAACACAUACGAUCCCGGCAUUCACAUCAUACACGGGCCCUCGUUUCAGGAGGAAUACGACAGGCACUGGGCACAACCAGAAGAGACGUCUGUCAUCUGGCUUGGCACUGUGUUUGCGAUGAUGUGUAUCGCGUUACAGUCGUACACACGAGCUGGCGAUGAGCCUCCGGAAUACCACAACAAGUCUUGGGAGAUGUCAAGAGAAUACGGAGACUUGACGGCGCAAUGUUUGAUCAUGUCAGAUAUUACGCAGCCCAUCACAGGAAUGAUGGAGACUUUGAUCUUGCACGUUCAUGCAGAGUAUGCUCGUAGUAGAGAUGCAGAAGUUGGCAUCUUGAUAAGCACGGGUAUCAUUGUGCGGCUAGCGAUGCGCAUGGGUUUGCAUCGAGAUGCGGCGCCAUAUGCCGGAAUACCCGUUUUCCAGGCGGAGAUGCGAAGACGUGUCUGGGCUGCGGUCCGCUCAUUUGAUCUGCUGUUCUCCGCACAGGCUGGGUUGCCACCCAUCGUCCGACCGCGGGAUACCAACACUGAGAUACCGCGGAAUAUAUACGACGAUGAACUCCACAAAGACAUGAAGAUACUACCUCCUUCGAGACCGGAAACCGAAGCUACACCUACACUCUUCCUCAUCAAUCGGACAAGAUUGAUCUACAAGCUUGGAGAAGCGGUCGAGUGCACCGAUACUCUGACAUGCUCUUCGUAUGAAGAGGUCAUGAAGCUAGACGCGGAAGCUCGAGAGCUACACGACAACAUCUCGCCGCAUCUCAAGAUGCGAGGGAUGGAUGAAGCGGCGCGCGACCCUUCUACCUUGAUCAUGCAACGCUUCACAUUGGAUCUCCUCUUCCUCAAGAUCAUAUGCGUACUGCAUCGAAAGUACCUGUCUUAUGCGAGAGUACAAUCACGUUUUGCCUACUCCAGGAAAGCGGUUAUUGAAGCCUCGAUGAUGCUUCUCAAGCACCAAGCGACCUUGCACCGGGAAUGCCAGGCCGGCGGUCGGUUGCGCAACGUCAAAUGGUUCAUCUCAUCGCUGACCACUGUCGACUUCCUUCUUGCAGCGAUGAUCAUCUCCUCUGAUCUCUACCACACUGCUAGGGAAGCGCCAUCUCGAUCUCCACCGUCAGGAGACACACUCGUGUGGAGUUCAGAUCGUUGCGAGGAGAUGCUCGAAGCUAUAGAGAUAGCGGUGGGCAUCUGGGAUGGUCUGAAAGAUCACUCCAUGGAAGCAUACAAAGCGCACACCACGCUCAGUGUCAUGCUGGAUCAACUCAAGAAGAACCGGGUAGCUAAACAGACGCCCAAUGGCUUCCAAGCAGCUACAUCCGCAUACCCGACAAUGGCACCAAUGGAAGACGCCAAUGUAGCACCUGAACAUUCGGCAGCGAUGACACUGGGCCUACUCAGCACAGGCGGCAUGACGCCCAAUGCCAACAUGUUCGAUCAGCGAUACCCUGCCGGUAUGGCCAAUCUACUAAACGACCCUAUGCCUCAGCCGUCGACGGGCUUGACACCACAAUACAACCAGCCAACAAGCGGACCAACAGGCCCAGAGAAUGCACCAAGUCCGUUCUCAAACCUGUUCGGAGCGAAUCUGUUCCAAAAUCUAGAUCUCCCGCCGACAGACAACAUCAACUGGGACGCAUGGGACUCGUACAUCCAAGGCCCCAACCCUGGCAUGGAAGCGACCAACAACUUCUUCCCCAUGGAUCUUGGUAGCAUGCCUAUGCAAACAGAGCAAAACGGGAUGCCAGCCACAGGACAGACACCGAGCCAGCAACCUAUCCAAGGCAACCGAGCAAACAUGUUCGGGCAGGAUGUCUACAUGGGCACGAACUCUGGUGAAGCGUACACCAUGGGAUUCCUGAUGCCGAAGCAGUCUAACUAG